AUGCAUUCAUUAUCCAAAGCCGAGAUAGCGUACACACGCUCUGCCUUGGUUGCAACAACAUCCGACUCUGGCCAAUUAAGAGGGGAUGGUCGUGGUACGUUCGAAUAUCGCCCCAUAGGAGUUGAAUUAGGCGUAUCACCGGCCACAAAUGGAAGUGCUCGUGCACGAGUGGGGGGAACUGAAGUAUGGACAGGAAUUAAGCUAGAGGUUGAGACCAAUGAGGCAAAGCUGGCAGGUGCUAGUGGACAAGACGGUGGGCGAGUUGAAUUUGUAGUAGCAUGUACCCCUGGGUCUCACCCACACCUCUCUGGUCAGGCGAUUGACGACAUUUCCCUCGAAUAUUCGAAUCAAUGCGCCGCUGCGCUCGCAUCUUUUUUGAUACCCAACCCCCAAUUCACCAUAGUUCCAGGGUACAAGUCUUGGCUUAUUCACGUAGAUUCGCUGGUAAUAUCUGAUGCUGGGAAUUUGGUCGAUGUGCUAUGGAUGGCAAUACGGGGAGCAUUAUGGGAUCUUCGGAUACCUCGAACCAAUCCUGUGUCAUUUCGUACUCGCGAUUCGGACAAAGCAAUCAGAGGCGGCGAUGCUUUUAGUAGUGCCGUAAAGUCAAAAUAUCAAUCUGCUGGAGGUAAAUCAGGUGCAGGAGACUUUGAUUUGCCAGACUAUUGGGAUGAUGGCGAGCCCCUCAAUAAUCGAGACUCGUUACCGGUUUCCAUCACAUAUAAUCUGCUUCCACCUAUGUAUUUUCUUGAUGCAUCGGCUUCGGAAGAAUUCAGCGUCGCGAGUCGUCUUUCGCUUGUGUUUUCCUGUCCAAACCCUGUCAGUGGCGCUUCCUCGAAACCUCUCUUACUAAGUUCUUGGUUGAGUGCGUCAGUCGACUUCAACGCGAGUUACCUCAAAAUUAUCAUUAAGGAUUGUGAAUCCCGAGCUAUUGAUAGUCCGAGCACAACGGCCCCACCUUCCUCAACGAUAACAACCACAACCAAAACCUCGGCUGGACCUACCACAACCAAACCCACUACAACUGUUACCGGUGGUGGAACGGUCGGACCUACACUCUUGCCAAACUAUCUUUGGAUUCGCGCCGUGACUCCACCCAACUUCCACAAGUAUCUUCAAUCUUAUACUCCAGGAACGGCUACCGAUGCUGUACUCGCUGAUGCCUCUACUGCGGGGCAAUUUGCGAUUACUGGCGGGAAGCUGACCCAAAUCACACCUAGUGGUGCCCUUCUCUAUGCCAACGUCGAGGCGCGCGCCGAUAGCACGGUCAACAAACUCAAAGUAUCGUGGCAAACCAGCAGCGCUACUAGUGGCACAUUCGUAUGGAGCGGAGAUGCACUUACAUGGACCAUUGACGGGAUCACCCGCCCAAAUAAUGCAGCCUGGUUGGCAUGUACAGAUGCUGUAGAAGGACAAGUACUUUAUGUUAAUUUGGGUAAGCAAAACGUUCAUCUCAACAAUUUUAUUUUCGAUCACUUACCAGACCUUCAUGAAGGCUCUUACGGAUAUAAUACUCCAGCGGGAUGCUCUGAUCACACAAUACACUAUUACAACGGAGCUAAGGCUGAUGUAUAG